GAAUUUGAGUCCUUUGCUCAUGUAAAACCCCCCUUCUUCAAGUACGAUCUCAGCCUACUCUCCACCCGCAAUGCUGUUGUCGUAUCCGCCGAUCCGGAGAUUCGUAUCCUGGUUGGGUUUCCAUCGGGCAGCGAAAACAUCCUCUUUUUCGACAUCAAGCUCACGUUCAAUGAUGAGAACUUCACUGACCACUUUAAGAGCGUUCCUCUAGAACUUCAAAUGGCGCGUUUUUUUCCCAUCAGAAAGCCAGCUCAAGAUCUUUGUUCAUUUACACUGGAUGAGUUUCCCUUCAUAACCUAUACUGCUCGUUGUUAG